AUGGAUUAUCACCAUUAUCAACCGGCAAUUGCUGGAUAUAUUACAUCUACCAAUAACUCUUAUACGGUUAUCGAGGACGAAAAUCACUUACAUAUUGGUCCGACCUUAACGUCAUCAAGUCUCCAUCAAAAUGAGUCUAUCCAGAAUGGAGCGGACGUGCACAGUGACAGUAACAAAACACAACACAUUUUAUUUACCGACCCUAAACAUUGUGCUUUCAAUAUUGAAAAUCAACAAAACUCGUCCAAUUUAUGCGACAAGAUCCACGUAAUAAUUCAAGCCCGUGACCAGUUAAAGACAAAUAAGAAAAUAGGAGGUGAUUAUUUUCGCGCUAAAAUUUACAAUACAAAAUUAAAAGCGAGUGCGCCUACGGAUGGUGAAGUAAUUGAUCACAACAAUGGCUCAUAUAGCGCAUAUUUUACAGUAAGAUGGCGUGGUUCUACGUUUAUUAAUGUCCAACUGGUACACAGUAGCGAGGCAGUUGCAGCUAUGAAGCGUGUACGUGAAGCCAAUCCGAUUCGAAUGGUAUACAAUGGGAUAUUUCAACAGAAGAAAGCAAAAGUCAAUGGACAAUGUCAUGUGCAACUUUCGUCUGCUAAUGAACUUUGCAACUUCACUGACAAGUUAACUGGAGAGCCAUGGUUUUGUAUAAAGCCGAAAAAUUUGCCUUGCUCUACAUACACUUUGCAUUCGGUCAAUAAAAAAUUAGGAGGUAGACUGACAGCAGCAAUGUUCACUCGGAACGAGACACAUUUAUUCAGUGAUAUAAAAAGAAGCAUCGAGAUGUGUAUAAGAGACAGCGCUGAAAUUGCAAUAUAUGAAAUGAAAGCCAACGUUAAUAAUAAUUCACCUAGGAAGGUAUUUUUGUUUAGGAAGGCAGACAAUGUCAAAUCAUAUAAGGACACAAUAUGUGUAGAGUCAACAACAGAAUGUCGGCCGGUUACGAAUUCAGCCAAACCUGAAAAGAAAAUUGCCGCAGGUUACUACUUCCAAGAUAAAUGGUACUCUAACGACUGUACUCUAAAGAACAUCAGCGUCCAAUCAGCUUUAACGUCUAAAUUGUUGACUAAUAAACGUUUCUACUUCUACGGAGACUCAACGUUGCGACAGUGGUUUGAGUACUUUGCUGCGAGUAUCAGUGAUGCAUCCAUUGUUCAAGCUGCCCCUGGAGCAACUUUAAAAACUGGGCCUUUAAGAGCAACAUCAAAAAAAUAUAACUUGACAUUUAUGUACCGACAUCACGCAUUUCCAAUCCGUACAACACCAAUAUUUGUGAAGAAUGUUGCGUAUGCAGCAAACGAGAUUGACAACAUAUCCGCAGAUGAAAACACUAUAAUCUGCCUUUGUUUUUUCGCACAUUUUACACCAACGGAAUUACACGUUUACCGGAGGCGUUUAGAAACGACUAAGGCGUCACUUUUACGAUUGUACAAAAGGAGUCCCGAAACUCUAGUUUUCCUCAAAACUCCAAACACAAACACAUACGCUGGUGCUGUAACUUCAGUAGAUUAUGGCGACUGGGUUUCAUUAAUGUUGGACAAAGAACUGAGGAAGGUGAUGGCCGAGAUUCCAAAUCUUACAAUUAUUGAUGUUUGGGACAUGACAACCAACCAUAGAUUAGGCGAAAACCUCCACCCUCCCCGGCCUAUAAUUCAACAGGAGAUCCAAUUGAUGUUAUCACUUAUUUUUGCUUGAUUUUUUUCACCAAAUCAUUGUAUAGUUAUUAAUUUAUUUACUUACUUUUACGUUUAUAUCGAAAUCAAUUUAUACAUUUCGUCCUAAAAGAAAACAACAGCGAGACAUAUAUUUUAAUAACCUACUGCAUAGCUCAAAAUGCUAUACCUCCGAGAGAACAUUGUUGAUUCCUGUAGUAGUUAUUUAACAGUUUAUACUACGAUGGUUUUACUCAUAUGUUUCCUCAUAUUAGAAAAAACAACUAUACAACCAAUCGAUUUCCUUAGAAAUUUACAGCCGUCUAAUAAACGUCACGUGAUCAGUGGCGUCGAGAGCCAGUAAGGGCCCAGGGGCAACACCUCACAUGGGGCCCCCUUCUUGGGAACUCCAUUCGGCCGCUCCCCAAAUUAAGUCUCCUCCUAAAUCUGACAACAACAUUUUUCAUCCUGGCUUGGGCCCUAUGGAGAUUUUGUUCUCACCCGGAAAAUGUUUCAUCUUGGUCCGGGCCCCCAGUAGACCCUGGCCCCAGGUCUGGACCAAUUGAUAUUUUUAGGAUUAAGUUUGCUAAGUAGAUUAUGUAUUCCCUCACUAUUAAUUUUGUAUUUCGUGCAUAUUCAGAUAGGGACUUCGACCUUUGUCUGGAAUGGUUGAUAUGUCCUCAUUUUUAAAGACAUUCUGAAACGGAUUUGAUCAUGUUUGUGCCUUUUCUUUUCCAUCAUUUACUAUUUUACCAUCUGAUUGAAGAGGUGAACCCCCUAUCUUAUCCCUUUGUAAGC